AUGUUUUUGCAUAAUUAUGAUGUGCAUUGCAGCCUUAAAUCAGACAACUCAUUGGCCACCAAAACGGGUGGCUGUUUCCCUUCUAAAGCCAUGGUAACACUGGAAAAUGGGAAAACCCGAGCUGUGUCAGAGCUGAAUCCUGGGGACAGGGUCUUAACAGUAAAUGCAGCUGGUCAGGUGGUCCCCAGUCAAGUCCUUCUCUUCCUCGAUAAAGAAGAACAACUGAGGAUCUCAUUCACUGUGCUGGAGACUGAAGAUUCCAGACUGUGGAUGGAACUCACAGCAGCACAUCUCAUCUUUGUUUCUGAUAAUAACACUGACAGAAUGGAGAACUUUAGGCCGAUAUUUGCUAGUCGAGUACGAACAGGUCAGUUCGUCCUUGUAAGAGAGAUUGGCUCAGGCCAGUUGCGUUCAUCUAGGAUUAAAGCUAUCUAUGUGGAGGAGUACAUUGGUGCCUACGCACCACUGACGUCUCAUGGCACACUGUUAGUGAAUAAUGUACUGGCAUCUUGUUAUGCAAUGAUAGAGAAGCACCACUGGGCGCAUUUGGCAUUUGCACCUCUCAGACUCUUUCACUCAUUGACUUCUUUGUUACCAGUCCUCCAUCCUAGGCAUUGCAAUGCUACACAGGAGAAUGGCAUCCAUUGGUACUCCAAGUUUCUCUACAACUUAGGUGAGAAGGUUCUGGACAGGGAAAUGUUUCACUCUUUAUGAACAGUUGCAGGAACAGGUCAACAUUGCCUGAUGGAGAUGCAACCUCUGUGUAUCUGAGAUGCACCAGGUCCAUCUGCAUAAGUAUCUACACGGUCUUCAGCUUUAAGCAGCAUUGUGGACUUCUAAUUCUGUACAAGGGAACUCUACUCCCAGGGAUAGAAUUUAUUUUAUGUGUCAGUAAUUAUACAUCCAAAAUAUAUUUUUCUACGUCACAUAUAUAACUUCUAAUUGUUCUUCUGAA